CCUUUAUAAAACCCUAAAUCGUCGCCUCCUUUUCUUAACAAAAUUAAAGCCCUAGACUCAGAACUCGGAGGCAGAGAUGACGGUAGAAGCAGUGAACCCUAAGGCGUACCCUUUAGCUGAUUCCCAGCUAGCGAUAACAAUCCUCGAUCUUGUUCAGCAAGCUACGAAUUACAAGCAGCUCAAGAAAGGAGCUAAUGAAGCUACCAAGACACUGAACCGUGGGAUCUCUGAGUUCGUGGUUAUGGCUGCUGAUGCUGAGCCUCUCGAGAUUCUUCUUCAUCUCCCUCUUCUCGCCGAAGAUAAGAAUGUGCCGUAUGUGUUUGUGCCAUCGAAGCAAGCCCUUGGAAGAGCAUGUGGAGUGACAAGACCCGUGAUUGCUUGUUCAGUUACCUCAAACGAGGCUAGCCAAUUGAAAUCUCAAAUUCAGCAGCUCAAGGAUGCCAUUGAGAAGCUCCUCAUCUAAUAUUUAUGGCAGGUUAUGAGUGAUGGUCUUCGUUGUUUUGGUGCAAAUGCAGUUUUGAACAAGAAUAACUAUUUAUUUUCAUAGAUUUGGUUUGUUGGUUUGAUGAUUUUGGUCCUUUCUUGAAACGUAAUGUUGAUAUAAGAAGCCAAAUGAAGCAUCAAUAAACACAAAUAUUUCCUCUUCA